UGGGGCCCCUCAUCAAAUCAGCUAUAAGGCAUCUCCGUGAUAAAAAUGCUUAAAAAAUGUCCUCUUUUUUUUUGGUGCAGAGUACAUAUUUAUGACGUCAACAGAGGUUAAUCAUAUCUUAAUAUCACGCACCAGAUACCCUCUCAGUGCACCCUGCCUCGACUCCCACCCGUCGAACCACCCAGCCUUGAGCUUUUGGUUUCCUGCUCCAAGUCCCUUCCCCCUCGUCUUCGAACGGAGUCAUCAACGUUCAAUUGUUUGAAUCUUCUUCUCAUCAAAAGGCCUGAUACAUAAAAUAUGUCUCUAUCCAAACAUGUCAAGCCGGAGCAGCUGCUUCAGUCUGUCAAAGAACAUGGCCAUAAAACGGUGCACGGCGAUCACCAUGAGAAUAUCUCAACUCCUUACUCCUCUCGAUAUGCUUCUCGAGAGAUACCAAAGUUCAAAUUGCCUUCGAAAGGAAUUGAGCCAGACACAGCUUAUCAACUAAUCCAUGAUAUUCUUGAUCUAGAUGGCAGAGAAAAUGCCAACUUGGCCAGUUUUGUCCACACCUGGGCUCCAAAGCAAGCCAUACAACUCUGCGUUGAAAACUUGGGGAAAAAUUUGAUCGAUCAGGAUGAGUACCCUCAAACUCAGAUCCUCCACACGCGUUGUAUUUCAAUGCUUGCCCAUCUCUGGCACGCUCACAAUUCAUCAAACGCAAUAGGAACUGCUACUACUGGCUCUUCGGAAGCCAUUCAACUCGGAGGUUUGGCUAUGAAGAAAAUAUGGCAGGCCAAGCGCAAAGCAGCCGGAAAGUCCAUCCACGAACCAGGGCCGAACAUCGUGAUGGGUGCCAAUGCGCAGGUAGCUUUGGAAAAAUUUGCCAGAUACUUUGAUGUGGAGAUGAGAUUGGUUCCCGUUUCCGAGAAAACCAACUAUUGCCUUGACCCCAUAAAAGCCAUGGAAUAUGUAGAUGAAAACACCAUUGGCGUGUUUGUGAUACUCGGUAGCACUUACACCGGUCACUUUGAGCCAGUAAAGCCGCUCUCUGACCUGCUCGAUGCAUACGAAGCCAAAACGGGAAUCUCCGUUCCGAUUCAUGUGGAUGGAGCAUCGGGGGCUUUUAUCGCACCAUUUGUUUACCCCGAUCUUCCGUGGGAUUUUAGGCUACCACGCGUUGUCUCAAUAAAUACCUCAGGACACAAAUUUGGUCUCACUUACGUUGGAUGUGGCUGGGUCGUUUGGCGAGACCAGGCUCACUUGCCAAAGGAGCUGAUCUUUGAGCUUCACUAUCUUGGAUCGGUCGAAUACUCUUUUUCGCUCAACUUUUCGAGACCGGCGCACCCAAUUAUUCACCAGUAUUACAACUUCGUUCAACUUGGUUUCGAGGGCUAUCGGGCGAUUGGUCUGGAUGAUCUGGCUAAUGCCAGAUUGUUAUCUCGAGCGCUAGAGCGAAGUCGUUACUACAAAGUGCUGUCCGACAUCCACAGAAAGAAAGCCGACAUGCAAAAGCCAAGAGAUCAGGUUUUUGGGGAGUCAGGCCUCAAGUUUGAGGAAUAUGUGAUGGGCUUGCCUGUUGUAGCUUUUUGUUGGACCGAUGAAUUCAAGAAAAAGCAUCCACACUUGAAGCAAUCAUGGGUUCAAACAUUACUGCGAGCGCACGCAUGGAUCGUACCCAAUUAUGAGUUGCCUCCGGAUCUGGAAGACUUGCAAAUUUUGAGAGUCGUUGUUCGCGAGUCUAUGUCACCAGAGCUUGUCGAUCGUCUUUUCUGUUCGAUCAUCGAAAUAACGGAAUGCUUGAUCAAAGAAGGAGGCCCAGGGAACUUCUUAGAUGCCGUUCCAAAAGGUAAAUCGCAUGAACACGCCUUUGGAAACCAUCAGCGCGAGGACGCAACCAAGCCAGUAGGUUAUGCAAGACCUUGCUAGACAGCGGCAGAGCAGCUAAGCUAGCAAAUAGGGUAGCGCAUUUUUUUUUUUUUUCAAAUUCUCAUUCGCAAAUCAUGUGCUUUUGCGACCUUUUGCGACAGGAAGACGAACAUGCGAUUGGACUCUUUCAUCCCACUACUGUAGAUCACUUCGCGUUGAAUUUCAUUGAAUUUUAGGUGCACAUAAUCUAGAUGUGUAAAAUGUAAUUUUGUCACUUCCUGAUACAAGUACAUAAAAGCAAAGCACAAAAAAAAAAAAUGUCAUCAAUUAUGAUGAUUACUGAGACCCUU